AUGGCGGCCGUGGACUUCUCCAAAGUUUACUCUGCUACUUAUAGCAGUGUCCCGGUUUAUGAGUUCAAAAUCGACGGUGACAGUGUCAUGCGAAGGCGUUCCGAUGACUGGAUAAAUGCUACACAUAUUCUGAAAGUUGCCGGGUUUGACAAGCCUGCGAGGACUCGCAUCCUGGAACGCGAGGUGCAGAAAGGGGUCCAUGAAAAGGUGCAAGGUGGCUAUGGGAAAUAUCAAGGGACAUGGAUUCCGCUUCCUGAGGGCCGCAUGCUCGCUGAGCGCAACAACAUAAUCGACAAGCUAAGGCCGAUAUUCGACUACGUUGCUGGAGAUCGCAGUCCACCACCUGCCCCGAAACAUACCACUGCAGCCUCGUCGAAGCCAAGAGCCCCAAAGAAUACAAACAAGAGAGUCGCGAAUGAAGAGGUUGUCCCUGCUGUAAAACCGCACCGAAGUAUGGCACCGCCCGCCUAUCAUCCCUAUGAGCCCUAUGAAAUGAGCCAAGGAUUCGACGAGGAUGAAUCUUUAGAACAGGCAACGCUUGAGUCAUCGUCUAUGAUCGCGGAUGAUGAGAUUAUGGCAAUGUCUCAAAAUGGUACAUACUCACGAAAGCGCAAGCGUGGGAUAAACGAGGCCCCAGCAAUCUCAAUUAGUGAACAGGAACACAUACUCUAUGGUGAUCAGUUGUUGGAUUAUUUCAUGACAGUAGGGGAUGCACCGGAAGCGACACGCAUUCCUCCCCCACAACCGCCUGCCAACUUCCAGGUCGAUCGCGCGAUUGACGAAUCUGGAAAUACUGCUCUCCAUUGGGCAUGCGCCAUGGGUGACUUGGAGAUUGUGAGAGAUCUACUACGGAGAGGGGCAAAUAUCAAAGCACUAUCUGAACAGGAGGAGACACCCCUCGUGCGUGCCGUGCUGUUCACGAACAAUUAUGAGAAGAGGACGUUUCCACCGCUAUUAGAUCUUCUCUUGGACACAGUCUCAUUCCGAGACUGGUUCGGCGCCACUCUAUUCCACCACAUAGCAGAGACUACUCGGAGCAAAGGCAAAUGGAAGAGCUCGCGAUAUUACUGCGAAGUAUUGCUAGACAAGCUACGCGUUACGUUCUCGGCUGAGGAAGUUGAUUUAUUGCUGUCUUGUCAAGAUCAGAAUGGGGACACUGCUGCUCUGAUUGCUGCUCGAAAUGGCGCGUUUCGUUUGGUUGACCUACUACUCGCUCGGUGUCCGCGAUCUGGUGAGCUUAUAAAUAAUAAAGGCGAGGCAGCCUCAACUAUCGUCCGACGGGUACCACCUAAUGAGCGCGACGUCCCUCUUCCCCCUUCGUCUAUCACGAUGGGUAAUGAUCAAUUAGAUCCCGACGUCACAGCACCUGUCACAUCAGAUCACCAGCCUCCCAGCCUUCCGCAGGAUUCCUCCCCUGCUACCUCGGCAUUAAUGUCUAAGAUUGCCGUCAUAAUGGCCGAGGCGAACAGGAAACUCACCGCAGGCUACGGGAGCUCCAAGGCAAACCAGCAAGAUUCAGACGAUGUUGCGAAUCCGGAGGCACUUUAUGCGCAACUUGAAUCGGAUCGGCAAAAGAUUCAGAAACAGGUUAGUAUGCUGGUGGCGAAAGAAGCCGAAGAAGAGUCAAUCGACGCGCAGCUGGACCGCUACGAACAAUUAAGACAUAGCUACGAAUCCGUCUUGGAGCAAAUUCACCAGGCUCGACUCAGAGAGAGGAUCGCAUCAACGCCAGUGCCCGAGAAGGAAGAUACGGGAUCUGACCAGGACCAACAACUUCGCACAUAUCAUAUGGCCCGUCAAUUGUGCUCUGCUCAGAAGGCUCGGCGCGCAGCCGUGAAGGAUCUUGUCCAACAGACGGCCGAUGCGGGUGUAAGCACUAAAUUCGAUGUCCAUCGCAAGUUGGUAGCACUUGCCACCGGCCUCAAAGAGGAAGAUCUAGAUCCAAUGGCCGCAGAGCUGGCUGAAACACUAGAAUUCGAUCGAAUGAAUGGGAAGGCUGCAGGAGCCGAGUCACCAGAGCCAGAGGCCAGGGAGUCGGCCACAUUCCCCAUUCCUGGUCCGACGUUACUUCUCAGGUCUAAGCAACAACAGGCUACCUCUACCUACUUCCCUGCCUGCCUUUCUUACCUGGGAUGCGCUGCCAUUUUCUCACGAUCACUGAUGCAUGUUGAUGUUGAUUUCCUACUACUUCUGGCGGGCAAUUUGAGUUUCUGGUUCCUUUACACUAUUUUCACGCACCUGGAAGCAAGACAUGGUAUGGUGAUGCCACGGUGCUCUGGUACACGAAAUGGUAGGAUUGGUAGACAGCAGCAAGUGAGGACGAAUAUAUCUACUAAGUUAGCCUCCUGUAUGCAAGUAUCAUACAAAGAUGGUAACUAG